AUGUCACAAAAAAGUAAUAGAAAUAUUGAAACAUGGAAAAUUGCAGUUUCUCUUGAAAAUAUUAUUUUAACUGCAAAAGGAGUUUCAGGAGUAACAUUAUAUAUUCAAUGGAAAUGUGGAAAAGAAAGUGGAAUAUUACCACGAUCAAUUUGUGUUGAUGGAAAAGCAAGUUUAGGAGAAUUUUCAUUUGAAGAAAAGAUUCGACGAGAUAUCAAAAAGUAUAGAUAUUUAAAAAAGACAUUACAUAUAACACUUAUUCAAGUACUUAAAAAUAAAAAACAAGCAGUUGGAACAAUUGAACUUAAUUUAGCACUUCAUUUAGAAAAUCAAAAUAAAGAAGAAGUUGAAUUACCUAUUGCAAAUGGAAGACUUAAAUUUGAUUUAGAAAUAUUAACAGAUGCAACACCUAUGACUAUUAAAGAUACUGUAAUUAAUUUUGAUGAUAUUGUUGAUGAAAUACAACAAUUAGAAGAUGAUAUUAAUGAACAAAAUAUAGAAAAAGAGAAAUUAAUAAAUGAUAUUGAUGAUUUAACAUAUCAAGUUCAAGUAUUAAAAAGAAAUAGAGUUGAAGAAGGAGAUGUUACAUUAGAAGAAAAUCAAUUUAUUGUUGAAGAAAUGUUCUUAAGUAAAAUGACAUUUUCAGAUAAACAACAUCCAUUAACAGGAGAUAUUAUUUUUGAUAAGUUAAGUGAAAAUAAAGCAAUUCGUCCAGAAAAACAAAAAUUUCUUAAUAAAAUUGUUCAAUCAUUAAAAUCAAUUUCUAUUAUAUCAUUAGAAACACCAAAAAGAAAUAUUUAUUGGAUUGGUGUAAAUGCAUUAUUAGUUAAAAGAAUUAAUACUGAAAUUAUAUCAAAGAAUUUAAGUGAUAAAAAUGUUCAUACUCGAUUUGUUAAUAAUUUAUUUAAACAAUUAAAUAAUAGUUUAUUAAUGACAUACCAAUAUAUUGAAAAUAAAUCACAAUUAAUGAUUAUGAAAUAUUUUACAGAACCACAAUCAAAUCUUGGAACAAAAGUAACAUUUGAAAUAUUAAAAGAAUACCUUGCUUCUAUGAAGAAAGAUAAAUUAAGUCCUGUUAUAGUUUCUAAUUUUUGUAAAAUGUUUGUAGUUCAUUAUGAUAGAUUAGUUUUUAAUAAUUUAAUGAAACAAAAAAGUAUUGCAGCAGAGAUAACUUUUUAUAUUAAAUGUCAAAUUGCUGCAUUUUGUGAAUUACUUAGAGAUUAUUCAAAUGAUAAUUAUGAAGAAGAUUUUAUUUUAUUAAAGUCAUUAUGUGAUUUAGCAGUUGUUUCAUUAGAAGUUAUUUCAGCACAAGAUUUAGUUAAUUCAAUUUGUCCAAAUAUUUCUUUUAACCAAAUAUUUACUAUUAUUUCAAAGAUUGAACCACCUGUAAACAUUGUUGCAUUAAAUAGAUUAAAAAAGGAAGUAACUAAUAUUAAAGAUAAACCUCAAGCUUCUACAGAUGAAAAUGAAUUAAUACAAUUACAAUUAAAUGAUAUAUUUUCAUUCUAG